AUGAAUCAAGAGCAGCCACCAAACCGAAAAGACGAAUACAAAUCACCACCAGCAUUCGAUCAGCUCAAGUUCUUCACUAUGCCCGAUCUACUCAAGCAACCGUUUCUUCAUGAGCUGCGAUCCGUCAUCAACGCCGGCUUUAGUGUCCAUGAAGAGGGCAAUUUCAAAAAGACCGGCGAACGACUCACAACGGAUACUCAAAUUGCAACCGAGGUUGGAGAAAAUGGAUUCACGGGUAUUGCAUGGUCUCAGAAUGAGAUCGUUGGUACAGCGAGUGUGAAGAGAUGA